CCGGGCGGAGCGCGGAUCUCUCCCGGCUCCGCUCCGCUCCUCCGCCGGCCCCGCUCGGCCCCGCUCGGCUCCGGCCCCCGCCCCGGAGUGGCUGCGGCGGGGCCAAGCCGCGCCCCGCUCCCGCGCUAUAAAAGCGCGGUGCGCCCCGCAAAGCAGGUACCGGCGGGGCCGCUCCGCUCCUCCAGCGGGUCCGGGAGGAGGAGGAGGAGGAAGAGGAAGGAAGGAAGGGGGGGGCCGGGUGCUGCUGUCUCCCCCCCGCGCCUCCCCCGAACCCCGAUGCGGCCGGCCUGAGCCCGCCGGGACGAUGCUGCCGCUGCUGCCGCUGCUGCUGCUGGGCGCCCCGGGGCUGCGCCUGACCUCGGGGGCACCCCCGGACCCCGACUCCGCGCUGGUCACUCCCCUGCGCCUGGACCCCGACAUCAACGGGCCCGCUUAUUUCAGGGGGGGCCCCUCCGAGCCGCCCCGGGGCGGGCAGGCGCUGGUGAUCCAGCUCUCGGCGUUCGGGGAGGAUUUCUACCUCCACCUCUCCCCCGACGCGCGGUUCAUCGCGCCCGCCUUCGCCGCCCACUACCUGGGGACGGCCGCCCGGCCGCUCCCCGCUCUCCGCCACUGCUUCUACUCGGGGGAUGUCAACGCCGACCGCGAGUCCUUCGCCGCGCUCAGCCUGUGCGGGGGGCUCCGGGGGGCUUUCGGCUACCGGGGAGCCGAGUACCUGAUCAGCCCGCUGGCGGGGGCGGCUAACGGGGGGCUCCAUCUCCUGCAGCGCCGCAGCCCCGGCCGGCCCGUCGGGGCCGGAGCAUCCCGCUGCGCCGUGGGCUCCGGGCUCACCCCCGGCGUGCUGCAGGCGCUCGACAAGUACCGGGGGCGUGCGGGGGGGAAAGGCGGCCGCGCCAAGCGCUUCGCCUCGGUCCCGCGUUACGUGGAGACCUUGGUGGUGGCCGACGAGUCGAUGGUGAAGUUCCACGGGGAUGACCUCCAGCACUACCUGCUCACCCUGAUGGCCACGGCCGCCCGCCUCUACAAGCACCCCAGCAUCCGCAACCCCAUCCAGAUCUCCGUGGUCAAGUUCCUCCUCAUCGGGCAGGAUGACAAGGGGCCCAAAGUCACCAGCAACGCCGCCCUCACCCUCCGCAACUUCUGCGCCUGGCAGAAGAAGUGGAACAAGGUCAGCGACAAGCACCCCGAGUACUGGGACACCGCCAUCCUCUUCACCAAGCAGGACCUGUGUGGUGCCACCACCUGUGACACGCUGGGAAUGGCAGACGUGGGCACCAUGUGUGACCCCAAGCGCAGCUGCUCCGUCAUCGAGGACGAUGGGCUGCCCUCGGCUUUCACCACCGCCCACGAGCUGGGCCACGUCUUCAACAUGCCCCACGACAACGUGAAGGCCUGUGAGGAGGUCUUUGGCCGGCUGAAGACCAACCACAUGAUGUCCCCCACCCUCAUCCAGAUCGACCGUGCCAACCCCUGGUCAGCCUGCAGCGCUGCCAUCAUCACCGACUUCCUGGACAGUGGCCAUGGGGACUGUUUGCUGGACCAGCCUGCCAAACCCAUCCCUCUGCCCGAAGACCUGCCGGGGACGAGCUACAGCCUGAACCAGCAGUGCGAGCUGGCCUUCGGCGUGGGCUCCAAGCCCUGCCCCUACAUGCAGUACUGCGCCAAGCUGUGGUGCACGGGCAAGGCGCGCGGGCAGAUCGUCUGCCAGACCCGCCACUUCCCCUGGGCCGACGGCACCGCCUGCGGCGACGGCCGCUUCUGCCUCAAGGGAGCCUGCGUGGAGAGGCACAACGUCAGCAAGUACAGGGUGGACGGAGGCUGGGCCAAGUGGGCGCCGUACGGGCCGUGCUCGCGGACCUGUGGCGGUGGGGUGCAGCUGGCCAGGCGGGAAUGCACCGACCCCGUGCCGGCCAACGGGGGCUCCUACUGCGAGGGCAUCCGCGUCAAGUACCGCUCCUGCAACCUGGAGCCCUGUGCUGCUGCAGUGCCAGGGAAGAGCUUCCGUGAGGAACAGUGUGAGGCUUUCAACGGCUACAGUCACAGCACGAACCGCCUGACUGCCUCCAUCUCCUGGGUUCCCAAAUACUCCGGUGUCUCGCCCCGGGAUAAGUGCAAGCUCAUCUGCCGGGCCAACGGCACCGGCUACUUCUAUGUGCUGGCACCCAAGGUUGUGGAUGGCACCCCUUGCUCCCCGGACUCCACUUCGGUCUGUGUCCAGGGCAAAUGCAUCAAGGCAGGCUGUGAUGGGAAGUUGGGCUCCAAGAAGAAGUUUGACAAAUGCAGUGUCUGCGGAGGAGACAACAAGAGCUGCAAGAAGGUUUCAGGCUUGUUCACCAAGCCCAUGCACGGCUACAACUUUGUGGUGGUCAUCCCCGCGGGCGCCUCCAACAUUGACAUCCGGCAGCGGGGCUACAAAGGGCUCAUCAGCGAUGACAACUACCUGGCGCUGAAGAACGCGCAGGGCAAGUACCUGCUGAACGGCCACUUCAUCGUCUCGGCCGUCGAGAGGGACCUGAUGGUGAAGGGCAGCGUCCUGCGCUACAGCGGCACCGGCACCGCCGUCGAGAGCCUCCAGGCCUUCAAGCCCAUCCAGGAACCCCUGACUCUGGAGGUGCUCUCCGUGGGAAAGAUGACCCCUCCUCGGGUGCGCUACUCCUUCUACCUCCCCAAGGAGAGCAAGGAGGACAAGUCCUCCUACAAGAAGGAGGGCAAGACCCCGCCGGACCUCAACAACAGCGUCCUCAGCCUGUCCAACCGCCUGGAUGGCGGGAGGCCGAGCUACAAGCGCCCGUCCUACAAGUGGGCGGUGGGUGGCUGGGAGGCGUGCUCCGUGUCCUGCGGUGAUGGAUUGCAGAAGCGCUCGGUGGCUUGCCGCGACUCCUACGGCCAACCGGCCGCCGAGUGCGACGCGGCGCAGCGCCCCGCCGACGUCCGGCUCUGCGGGGAGCCCUGCCCAUCCUGGGAAGCUGGACCGUGGUCUUCCUGCUCCAAGAGCUGUGGUCGGGGUUUCAAGAGACGGGCGUUGAAGUGCUUGGUGCCGACGGGGCGCCUGCUGCCCCGGGAGAGUUGCAAUUUUCGGAGGAAGCCACAGGAGCUGGAUUUCUGCACCUUGAGGCCGUGCUGAGCAGGUCAAGGGGUGCCUGCAAGGAAGGGCAUGGUGUUCUUAUGGCUGGGUGCAGCCAAGCAGCAGCCGGAGGUUGGGAGUGGGGGAGAUGUCCAUAGCACAUAGCAAAAGGGGGAAAAAUAAGAAAAAAAUGGGGAAAAAAAUGGACCUGGGUGUGGGGACAGCCCCAUUCACCUGGGAGAGAGGGCUUUUACCAACCAGGUCACUUAGAGACAGAGCAGGAAUGAACAUCUACCUCGAAGCCACUGAAUGACAUGGAAACCACCGGUGGAGGCUGGGAACUGGGGGGACAGAUGGAAGCGAGGAGGAUCAUCCCUGCCUGUGGUGGAUCUGUGGUACAGGCAGGGAGAUGCCCCUAAAUUGCACAGAUGAAGCCUCCCCCCACCUUCCCAGGACCAACCCUACCUCCCUUCUCCCUGGACUCCCCCAACACUCAUGCUGAAUGGGACCAAAAGGAUUUACCAAUGCAACGACUACCGGUGCGAUGAGGCGCUGGGACUGAUGCCUCCAGGAUUUGCUGGUGGGGACUUUUUUGUCCCAGCAGCAUCCCCGGGCCAGGCUGGAAGGUGGUGGCUUUAUUUUCAUUCUCUCCUCGUGUUUAUGACCUGACCAGUGUAAAUUUUAUGGUGCUUAACUCUGUAUUUUUUUAACCUCCUUUCUCCCCUCCUGGUGGAUGUAAACCUUGCGUAGCAGGGCUGGUGUUAUUCCCAGGGGAUCUCACCAGCCUGAGGUUUCCUAUGGUGCUUUGGGAUGGGGCUGUGUGAACAUCCAGAUGCUCCUUUACACCCUGGUCCACCUGAAGCUUUUCAGGGCUAAAAGGGACCACAACGGAGGUUUGAGCUGUCAUUCCAAAAAAAGCAACACGGAACUGUGUUGUAGUUCCAAAGGGUCAGACACAGCCCCCCGGUCACUGAGACUUCGCUUUGCUCUGGAAAUGGUGCUCAAUGCUCAAUGGGACCGGUGUGUCAUGCCCAGACAUCCCAUAGCCUCCUGCCUUUAUCCAGGCUGGGGUAUUUUUCCUCUGUGUAAAGCCUCUCUGAGAUAUCCUCAGCUCUAUCAGAGCUGGGGUCACUUCCCUGGCAUCCCUUUUGAGCUGAGGGAGAGGGAGAUUAAUUUGGGUCUUUGGCUUUCCUGAGGAAAAAGGGGCUCAGCGGGGUUCAGGCAUGCAGGGAAAGAGGGACUGUCAAACCUCUUGCUGCUGCAAAGCAUCUACAGCCAGUUUCCCCCUGCAGUUAUUCUGGGGUAGUUCUGUACCUCUGGGGUUAUUCUGCGCCUCUGAUGGUUUAGUAGCAUCGUGCCUGUUGUGGUCAGAGGCUGUUUUACCUCUUCCAAACCCCAUUCAUCACUGAGGUCUCUUGCUCAAUCAAAUAAUCAGGCACCAUUGAAUUUUUUGCUUUGUCACUGAUGCAGGUGCCUCUUAAUCAACGAGCUGUGACUCUGAGCAAGCCAAAGCUUCUGGGUCAAGCUGUGCACUUACUGGGAUCAGCAGGAAGGUGUUUUAGGGAUGAGACACAUAUUUUGGGUAGGCAGAAGAUGCCAUCUGAGCAAAUAAAGGCUUGGAGCCUGACAUGUUGGAGGUACAACAAGAAAACUCUGUUGCCCCUUGGGUGGCUCCAGAAGGUCUCCAGCUGUGAGCAAAGCAAGAAUGACAAGAAAUGGGACAGGUGGCAUGAGAGUUCCCUUCUUAGGUCUUUCCAGCAGCUCACAAACUCCUUGUGACAAUGUUUGUGGGCUCAUCCUCCCUGGGGAUCCUCCUAGAAGAUCGAUCUCUUUCAACACAAUCAUGUUUUAGGUCUCCACGCUGCUCCACAAAGCCAGGAGCAGAUGUUGUGGUUGCUCUGCACAGCAGGGAACGGGAGUUAAUGUUCUUAGGAAAUCCCUUCCAGGUCUCCAUUCCCAUGAACAUACCACCCAUUUUCUGAGGGUUUUCCUGCAUAUCUGAGCCCACUGCGCUUCCCUCUGGGGACAGAGCUCUGAGGAGCUGCCCUUUAGUGUCCUGCCAUCCCACAGCUGGUUCCUAAGCCACCGAGAAAUUGUCAGCCUCGCUCCUGAGGAGGGGAGGGAUUCCUCGUGUGUGGUUCUUUUGCUGAGGGUGCAGCAGAAGGACGGAGAUGCCGAUGGUACUGGCUGCUUUGUGUAUACCAUGUAUACUGAACAUCGAUCUCUGCUGUUUGUGCGUCAGUAGCAAACCUGAAAUAAAUCGUAUUUAAAGUUA